AUGGCAGGCGUUGAGCUGACCGGUUCUGCAGCUUCUUGCUACGCUGAUCCUAUGGUUGCGGGACCUCAAACUCUUGAGAAGUUGCGUUCCCAACUAGGUGAACUAGUGAUGAAGCAGACUGCUUUGUCGGGGCAACCUCGCAAUAGGGAUGAGUUGAAAAAACUGUCCUUGCAGCAAAAGGACUUGGUUGAUGAAAUUGCCAUUGUGGACGCCUGUCUCAAAGCGCUGCAGUCUUCAGCUGAGCUCGUAAAAGAGAAGAGUACCAUGACUACUCGCCAGAUGCCCGAGUUAGCUGUCAAAGGCGUUACUGAUUGCACUGGUGUCGAGAAGCCAUUCAUGAGUGUGGAUGCGUUCUUGAGCUAUUUCAAGAAAAUUCUCGAGACGAACAAGUCCAACCCUGAUACUGAAUGGUCCCAUUGGCUCAAGCUCUCUUUCGAUCAUGAAUAUGAGCGAUUCGUGCCUCAAGGCAGCCGCGUGAGGACGGCCGUUGAGGUGUUUAACAGCGCCAUGAAGGAUAAGGAGUCAAUGCAGCAGUAUGGCAUGCGUUUCCAAAACUUGGUUCGUGAAGCAGGUUUGUCCAACUGUGAUGUUCUUGCGAUGUUGUUUUUGCUUUCUUUGCCAGGUGGUUUGCAGGACAAGGUGAUGAUGUCAUUUUGUGCGAAGCUUGGUAAUGAAGAUCGAUUGCCAACAAAGCUCGAAGAAAUCAUCAAGCUGGCAAAUUCUUUGUCUUUGCCCAAACGCUCUCAUGAUGAUACGGAGCACGGGUCUCGUUCUUUGGUCAAGAAAUAUAGAAGAGACUAA